GUCCGUGUGGAAGGCUUCAACUACGUGGGCAUGGGCAACUCCACGAACAAGAAGGAUGCGCAGAGCAACGCUGCUCGGGACUUCAUCAACUACUUGAUCAGGGUGAAUGAAAUGAAGAAGGAUGAAGUUCCUGCUUUUGGACCAUCUGUGGGGGACACCCCUGAUGGGGGACAGGAAGCAGCAAGAGAUGUCUCUGGUUCCAGUUCAACUCUGGGGGGACCUCUUCCUCCACAUUUGCUUAUAAAGUCUGAAGUAGGUGCAGCACCUGGAAACUGUGGCACUCCUGGAGCUCAGUGGGAUCGAGGUGCAAAUCUGCAAGAUCACUAUUCAAGGAAAGAGGACCAAGAGGCACAGGAGACCCCAGAGUCAGAAGUGGAUUUAAAUGCUGACCUUCACGGGGGUUGGACCUUGGAAAAUGCCAAGGCACGUCUGAACCAGUUUUUCCAAAAGGAGAAGAUCCAGGAGGAAUAUAAAUACACUGAAAUGGGGCCUGACCACAACAGGAGCUUUAUUGCAGAAAUGAACAUCUAUUUGAAGCAACUGUGUAGAAGGAUUUCCAGCCGUGAGCAUGGAUCAAACAAAAAGCUGGCAGCACAGGCCUGUGCCCUCUCCCUGGUCAGACAGCUCUACCACCUGGGGGUCAUCGAGCCUUACUCUGGGCAGACCAAGAAGAAAGGAGAGUCGCUGGAGCCCUAUGAGGUGUCCCUGUCUCCUGAGUUAGAGAACCAGCUGCAGAAGACUGUGCGGGACCUGUCCCUGGAGAUUGUGCCUCCGCCUGAAGAUCCCAACGAUCCAGUGCUGAUCAGUGUUGGAAAGUUGGCCCAUUUCGAACCGUCGCAGAAACAAAAUCAUACAGGAGUUGUUCCCUGGUCACCUCCUCAUUCCAACUGGAACCCUUGGACUGGCUGCAAUAUUGAUGAGGGUCCUCUGGCAAAUCUCACUCCAGAGCAAAUAAGCAUGGACCUGAAAAGUGAGUUCCUGUACCGUCUGGAGCAGGAUGAGGAGCUGAGGAGGAUCCAAGAAGAGAGAGAUGCCUUACCUGUGAAGAAUUUUGAAGAUGAAAUUCUGAAUGCAGUCCAUCACAAUUCUGUUGUUGUCAUCCGUGGUGCCACUGGCUGUGGCAAAACCACCCAAGUGCCCCAGUACAUCCUGGAUGAAUACAUCAAAACCAACAGAGCUGCUGAGUGCAACAUAGUGGUGACACAGCCCCGUCGGAUCAGCGCGGUGUCCGUGGCGGAGAGAGUGUCCUACGAGAGGGGAGAGGAGCCUGGGCAGAGCUGUGGGUACAGCGUGCGCUUCGAGUCGGUGCUGCCUCGGCCCCACGCCAGCAUCAUGUUCUGCACUGUGGGUGUUCUUCUGCGAAAGGUGGAGACUGGGAUCCGUGGCAUUAGCCAUGUCAUUGUGGAUGAGAUCCACGAGAGGGACAUUAAUACUGACUUCCUUCUGGUGGUGCUGAGGGAUGUCAUUCAGGCAUAUCCUGAGAUCAGGGUUAUCCUCAUGUCUGCCACCAUCGACACCACUAUGUUCUAUGAAUACUUCUUCAACUGUCCCAUCAUCGAGGUCUAUGGGAGGACCUUUCCUGUCCAGGAUUAUUUCCUGGAAGAUUGCAUUCAGAUGACUCAUUUUGUUCCUCCACCAAAGGAGAGGAAGAAGAAAGAUAAGGACGAAGAAAGUGCUGAAGAUGAGGAUACCAAUUGCAACCUUAUUUGCAGCGAUGAAUACGGCCCAGAAACAAAGCACUCCAUGGCUCAGCUGAGCGAGAGAGAAACUUCUUUUGAGCUCAUUGAGGCCCUGCUGGUUUACAUCAAGACUCUGAAUGUCCCAGGAGCUGUCCUUGUGUUCUUGCCUGGCUGGAACUUGAUCUAUACAAUGCAGAAGCAUCUAGAAAUGAAUCCACGCUUUGGAGGUCAGCAGUACAGGAUUUUACCUCUGCAUUCCCAAAUCCCUCUGGAGGAGCAGCGCCGAGUGUUUGAUCCCGUGCCUGCCGGAGUCACCAAGGUCAUUCUGUCCACGAGCAUCGCCGAGACCAGCAUCACCAUCAACGACGUCGUCUUCGUCAUCGACUCCUGCAAGCAAAAAGUGAAGCUGUUCACUGCACAUAACAACAUGACCAACUAUGCCACGGUGUGGGCAUCCAAAACCAACCUGGAGCAGCGGAAGGGCCGCGCCGGGCGCGUGCGCGCCGGGUUCUGCUUCCACCUGUGCAGCAGAGCUCGCUUUGAGAGGCUGCAGACUCACAUGACACCCGAGAUGUUCCGGACACCACUCCAUGAGAUUGCUCUGAGCAUCAAACUGCUGCGGCUGGGAGGGAUCGGGCAGUUCCUGGCCAAGGCCAUCGAGCCUCCUCCCCUGGACGCCGUGAUCGAGGCGGAACGCACGCUCAAAG